AGCUAUUAAUGAAGAACAAAGAGAAAAACUUUCAAGAAGAAUUUUUGAGAAGUUUGAACAGACAGCAGAUCUUUGUGGUUAUUAAUUUUUGAAAGUGAAAGUAAAGUUUAGACUGCAGGAGCUCAAACAGUGAAAAUGGCUUCACUAUCUGAAGAUGAUCUUAUUUGUCCCGUGUGUCAUGAAAUCUUCAGUGUUCCUGUUCUUCUGUCAUGUAGUCACAGUUUCUGUAAAGAGUGUCUUCAACAGUUCUGGAGAACCAAGAAAACUCAGGAGUGUCCUGUCUGCAGGAGAAGAUCCUCAAAAGAAGAACCUCCAUUUAAUCUCGCAUUAAAGAACUUGUGUGAGUCGUUCCUGAAGGAGAGAAAUGAGAGGCGUUCAUCAGGAUCUGAGGAGAUCUGCAGUUUACACAGUGAGAAACUCAAACUCUUCUGUCUGGAGGACAAACAGCCUGUGUGUAUAGUGUGCAGAGAUUCAAAACAACAUGACAAUCAUAAAUUCAGACCCAUCGGUGAAGUGGUUUCAUCAUAUAAGGAGGAUCUCAAUACAGCACUGAAGUCCUUACAAGAGAAACUUAAACACAAUGAAAACAUUAAAGAAGAGUUUGAGAAAACAGUUCAACACAUCAAGUCUCAAGCUGAGCACACAGAGCGUCAGAUUAAACAGCAGUUUGAGAAGCUUCAUCAGUUUCUCAGAGAUGAAGAAGAAGCUACAAUCACUGCACUGAGGGAGGAAGAGCAGCAGAAGAAGCAGAUGAUGAAGGAGAAGCUGGAGGAGAUGAACAGACACAUCUCAGCUCUUUCACACACAAUCAAAGACAUGGAGGAGAUGAUGAAAGCCAAUGACGUCUGCUUUCUGAAGGAGUUUCCAGUCUCGAUGGAAAGAGUCCAGAGCUCCCAGCCGGAUCCACAGAUGGCUUCUGGAGCUUUGAUCCAUGUGCCAUGUUACUUGGGCAACCUGCCAUUCAGAGUCUGGAAGAAGAUGCAGGACAUCGUCCAAAACACUCCUGUCAUUCUGGAUCCAAACACGGCUCAUCCAUGGCUUGUCCUGUCUGAUGAUCUGACCAGUGUGAGAAACAGUGAGAUCGAUCAACCUCUUCCUGAUAAUCCAGAGAGAUUUGACUAUUAUGAUUGUGUUCUGGGUUCAGAGGGGUUUAACUCAGGAACACACUGCUGGGAUGUGGAGCUUAAAGAGAGUUCAGCCUGGACUCUUGGAGUAACUACAGCAACAAACCAGAGGAAGGGAGAAGAUUUCUUUAACACUGAUGAUGUCUGGAGAGUGUAUUGGAAACAGUUUAAUCAGGAUCUUGAUCGUGUGAGAGUGAAUCUGGACUAUGACAGAGGAACGGUGUCAUUCUCUGAUCCAGUAACUAACACACAUCUACGCACAUUCACAACCACCUUCACUGACACACUCUUUCCAUUCUUCUAUUGUUUUGGCUCUCUGAGGAUCUUACCAGUCAAUGGUCAGUAAUCGUCACUCCUGUAGGUCUGGAUCUUCCUGCUUUCAUCAUAAAUAAAUAAAUCAUGUGAUGUUUUUGUAGAAAUUAUAAUAUAAUACUGCAAUGCAGAAAUAUGUUACACUUUUAGAAAGGAUGUGUUAAAAAUGAAACAACUUGUGUUCAAUUUUUACACAUUAAUGGGUGUUUAGGGGUAAUGCAUAGUGUGUUCAUUUGAACUCAGUCAUUGUGUUAAUGAGUUUAACACAGUAAGUGUGUCAGAAAGGGUAAAACAAAGAAAAUGUGUAAAAUUACCAUGUGCUGUCCUUGGAUACAAACAUUGUGUUAAAACAUACCUAAAAUCCUAAACAAAACGUUAGCAUUUGACAAAAUUAAUGUUAAGUCAUUGGUUGUUUAGGUUAUUGUUAAAAAAACAAAACAAAAUAAAUUAUAAUAAAAUAUCAACAAUUAAAUUCAUAAUUUAUAAUAAAUACAUAAUAAAUACGAUUUUAAGCAGUCAGAAAGGAAAUGUCCAGCUCAGGACUAAGCAUUUCUCUUCACAAUCUCAAUAAGUAUCAUGACACAUAACCUUCAAAAUCAUUUCACUGUUACUAAACUCUGUUGGAUUGAUGAACACUGGUGGCCAAAAGUUUGAAUAUUCAAGAUUCUUAAUGUUUGUGAAAGAAGUCUCUUUGAUGCUCAAGAAACAUUUCUCAUCAUUAUCAAUAACUGUACUCCAUGUUUUCCACAGCACAGGAGUAAAAGUGAUCAUCAAAAUAGUUUUAAAAAGCAAACACAAUGUUUUGGUCCACCUGACGACAUCAGAAUGUUCUCUGGAUGUAUGUGUGUCCACAAACACUAAUAUCCUCAGUUCUUCAGAGGAGAUCCCGGUUCAAACGCUACAUAAAAAUAUAAGAGAGAGAGAGUUGAGAAAGUUUCACAUGAGUGUCAAAUUAUAUUUAACCUCCAUCAUACUAUAACUUAAAAUAUAUAUUUGUAGUAACUUUUGAAUACUUAUAUUUCUUUAAUUCUCUCCAAAAAUGCUGAGAUUCAUAGAGAGAAAGAUUGAAGGAUGUAGUUAAUUUCAGCUCGUCUGCCGUGAAGCUAUUUGUGAAAUACACAGUAAGACACAUGAAAAAUCACUGUGUGAUGAUCUUUUACUGUCCUUCAGUAUUAACCCACCUGUGCGCUGAUAUACUGAAAUCAUAUCAGGAUCUUCAUGGUCAGGUGGGACUGCAAUGACAGAGAGUCUUCUGAAUAAUAAAAGAUCAAAAAUAAAAGUUAUUUGGUAUGAAUUUUUACUGCAGUGUUUACCUGAAUAAAGUCAAUCUGGUGAGACUGAACAUAGAAAAUGGUCCAUCUUCUGAUUCAUUUGCUGUGUAAUAAAUAUAAUGUUAGUCAUAAUGCAAAAGUCACUUAUUUGAUAUAAAGUUAACAAAUUUUGUAUG